UCUGUGAUUGAAAUAUAACCUCAAUUUUUUGUGAAUGGGUAUUCAUAAAGUAAAUCAUCAAUAAAUUCAUUAAGUAAUUACGUACGUAUGUGUUUUGUGUGAGUAUUUGGCCUGUUCGUGUUUCAAUUUCGAAUUUCCUCUUCAUUUAGCUUGUUCAUGAUAACGCAGGCUCAAAAUGGUUAAAAGUUUCCAUAGCAAAAAUGAUGUAUCCUCUAGUGGAUAUGAAGAUAAUGGAAGUGAUACAGAUGAACACCCGAAACAACACUCUAAUCAGGCCAAAAACAUCUCUGAAAUUAUUUCUGCUAACACAAAAUAUAAAAGAUUACAAAAGCAAAACAAAACUAUUGAAACUCAAGUAGAAAGUGAUGAUGAAGUAUUUUUAUUAAAAGUACCAAAAUGGAUAAAUCCAACAGAUUUAAUAAACUCCAAAUUUUCUACAUGUAAGAAAUCGAAGGUGAAAACAACUUCAGAAACUUAUCAUAUGAAACCACUUCAUGUAGCAGAACCUAAAUUGUUCAUAAAUUCAGUUUUCCUGAAAAAAAUUAACCCUGUAUCAAUUCUGCAAUUAGAAAAAUAUGUAGAGGACAAAAGCAAGGAUGAUGAUAUUACCGAAGAAAGGAAGCAUAUACCUCUUCCAAAAGAUUUGACUGCUAGACAUCCAAUAUUUGGCUCAAAAUAUGAAGCAAAAAUACAGUUACAAGAAGAAAUUCAACAAAAACUGCAACAAGCACUCCAAAGAUUUGAAAAAACAAAAAAAGUACCAAAACAGAAGAAAAAAGUAAUAGAUCAGGAUGAGUUCGAUGAUAAAAGUUUAUUAAUUUCACAGAUGUUAGAGGAAAAACUGAAGAGCAAAAAACUGAAGAAAACAGAAAAUACUUUGAUGUUCGAUUCAUCUCAGACUUGUGACACAUUAGGUUCGGAUGUUGUUGAACAGAAAAAAAAACCUAAGAAGCAAAAGAACCAAGUCAAAAUAGAAAAUAAUAUUGAAGUUCAAGACAUAAAGAAUGAAAUAAUAAUCCAUAAUGAUCAUCUGUUGGAAUUAAAUGAAUCAAAGCUAAUUCAAUCUGAUGAUAAAGAAGUGGAAAUUCAUUCAACUAAAGAGAAAAAAAAGAAAAAGAAGCAUAAAGACUCGAGCACUCUAGAAACCGAAUAUACAGAUGGAUUUACUAGAAUGCCAGAUGACCAAGAACAUUUCCCUCUUGAUCGCUCAAUGAAUGAAGAUGAAAAAAAUGUUACCCCAAAAAUAAAGGUAGAAUUGCUUUCAGACGCAGACCUAAAUGAAUCUAGUUUUCGAAAAAAAAAUAAACAAAAAAAUAAGCCAGAAGAAAUAGGAAAUUUCAGUCAUAUAAAGCAGGAAUUUCAAGAAAAUUCUGAGUAUACUCAAUCAUCUCCUGAAAAAAAGCGAAAAAAAAAGAAAGACAAUUUUUCUGUUGAAAUUAAGAAAGAGAUGGUGUCAGAGUCAGAAAAUCCGGAGCCUAGCUUUAAUGAGAAAAAAAAUAAAAAAAGACGUAGAGAUUCUGAUAUUACAUUCAUGACACCUGAAAUAGUCAAGCAAGAAUUUGAUGAUUCAUUUAUGCCCCCAACAAAGAAGAGAAAGCCGUCAAUUUUAAGUAGUACGGUGAUAAAAGAGGCAUCUCCGGAGUUCAAACCUGAUGUAAGUGCCAUAGUAAUGGAAGAAAAAGCUGCCAAGAAGAAGAAUAAACGAAAGAGUACUGAUAACCAAUCCAACAUAAUACAAGAUUUGUUGUCCAAUGUAAGGAGUAGUUUGGAAAAUGUGAAAGUCAAGAGUCCAAAGAAAAAAUUGUUAUAAAAACAAUCAUAGCCUACUUGGGAUAACACUGAAAAUGGAGAGUUUUUUUAAUUGAUUAAUGACUGUCAGGAAACAUUUUUCUCUACGGUCGUGAGGAAAAGACUAGUUAUCAAGAAUAGUUAUUCCUCAGUAGGAUGGGCAACUACCCCAACAACCGCCAACUUCCCCUUAGAAGCUGAUUUGUUGAAAAUUAGUCAUCAAGCACGAUAAUCGCGACGCUCUUGUAUAUAAACUAGCAGAAAUAUUUUUUGACAAAGUAUUUUUGAGCAACUUUGAUCAACAUUUAUAUAUUGAUAUAUUUAUUUUUAGGUAAAAUACAUAAUCAUUUUCUUCAUAUUGUACAAUUUUCAAAUCUUGUAAUGUCUAUUGAUUUUAUCGAAUAAUUUAACAAUAAAUCUUGAUUUG